GUUACGAGCGCAAGUCGCUUCGCUCGACCACAAGAAAUGCUAAAGGCUCCCAAGCUGCGCACCUCGAUGGAUCUCUAGUUCGAUGGGUUUGUAGGCACCAAUACUGGAUUUGACGUCUUGUACCUCGUGCAGUCCCUCUUGACUUAUCCAGUACAAGGGAGCAAACACUAUCCAUCCUUUUUCCCUCAAUUGCCUGGUCACUCAAAGCGACUCCCUCGCAUGGGAGGCUACGACACGUCUGAGGACCCAAUGCGGGAGCCUGGUGCCAAAGAGACUCUCCCAGCUGGUUAUGCGGCCACUCAAGGCCCUUUCAAAUUCGGUAUCAUCAAGGAGAGAGAGCCUGGGAAAGUCUGGAUACCCAGCGGUAUCGGCUCAAAAGCCAGCGAAUGGAUCAUGAGCAGAUUCGCUUCUACCGAGACGCUACGCGUCCCAGAGAACUCAACUGCUGACGGUUGGACCGAGUACAUUUCAAGAUGGUUGCAGGCUACGGCAGCUGCGGCAGAUGGAGAUGCAGAAGCUCAGGCCGCUUUGCAAGCUCUAUCAGCUCCAGGGCAAUCGCGUUCCGAUCUCACCAAUCUCGCUCAUUUGCCGUCGUUCGACAAGCUGAGCGGCGAAUUGAACGUUCUCUACAGGACCAUCUACAAAUCGAAAGCACAGCACGAGAAAUCAAAGGCGUUUCAAAGUAUAGAUGGUGUUAGGCGUGCGGCUAGGGGACUCGACGAGCUUGAAGCUGAGUGCAGAACACAACUCAAGGAGACGAGAAGGCUGGGCAGGGAAGGCAGCGAUGCAAAGGUGCGAGAGCAGCUUGGAAAGUGUGCCAAAGCUCUGCAAGAGCUUUCCGCAGUUCUUGGGGAGGUGCAACGUCGCUCGAAAUUGGCAGUCUCCUCAUCUUCGCACGCCUCCGGCUCCGACCUUUGCGCCCUUCAUCGUCUCUGCAUCGGCCACCUGCUCGGGUGUAGGCAUCGAGGCUAGUGCAUUGUUCGAAGCCUGCCGAGCUCUGAUCGGGCAGGUAGUCGCAGCACAGAACCGCAUCGAGCACGCCUUUG